GUCUGCCGGUCUCGCCCCUCUUUCGCUUUCCGGCGUGCGCGGCCCUUAGUAGCUGUGAGAAUCGGAGCUUGCUAUGGCUUCAGGCAGCGGCGGCGGCGGAUGCGAGUUCUCAAGCAGCCCGCGGGUGCUAGUGAUUGGCGGCGGCAUCGCAGGGCUGGGUGCCGCGCAGAGACUGUGCCAUUACUCCGCGGCCCCGCACCUGAGCGUCCUGGAAGCCACCGCCCGCGCCGGAGGCCGCAUCCACUCGAGACGCGGCUUCGGUGGUGUGGUGGAGAUGGGCGCACACUGGAUCCAUGGGCCUUCCCAGGGCAAUCCUGUCUUCCAGCUGGCUGCUGCUUUCGGGCUUUUGGGGGAGAAGGAGUUGUCAGAAGAGAACCAGCGAGUGGAGACAGGAGGCCAUUUAGACCUGCGCUCCAUCUGCUGUACCAGCUCUGGGACAAGGGUUAGCCUUGAGCUAGUGGCAGAGAUGGCCAGUCUGUUCUAUGGGCUGAUAGACCAGACCCGAGAGUUCCUGCAUGUGCCUGAGACUCCAGUGCCCAGUGUCGGGGAGUACCUCAAGAAGGAGAUAGGUCAGCAGGUGGCCCACUGGACAGAGGAUGCGGAAACCAAGAAGCUCAAGCUGGCCAUCCUGAACAACUUCUUCAAUACGGAAUGCUGCAUAAGUGGCACCCAUAGCAUGGAUCUGGUAGCUCUUGCACCGUUUGGGGAGUAUACUGUGCUGCCAGGGCUGGACUGCACCUUCUCUGGGGGCUACCAAGAACUCACAAACCACAUAAUGGCCUCCUUGCCAAAGGACGUGAUAGUUUUUAAUAAGCCUGUGAAGACUAUUCACUGGAAUGGGUCCUUUCAGGAGGCUGCAUUUCCCGGGGAGACCUUUCCUGUGUUAGCGGAGUGUGAUGAUGGUAGUCGCUUCCCAGCCCAUCACGUCAUCAUCACUGUGCCCUUGGGUUUUCUCAAAGAACAUCAGGAUACCUUCUUUGAACCACCACUGCCUGCUGAGAAGGUGGAAGCAAUCAGGAAAAUAGGCUUUGGGACCAACAACAAAGUCUUCCUGGAGUUUGAAGAGCCCUUCUGGGAGUCAGAUUGCCAGUUCAUUCAGGUGGUGUGGGAGGACACAUCACCGCUGCAGGACACUGCCUCUGGGCUGCAGGACACCUGGUUUAAGAAGCUCAUUGGGUUUUUGGUCCUACCUUCUUUCAAGUCUGUGCAUGUGCUCUGUGGGUUCAUUGCUGGGCUGGAAUCUGAGUUUAUGGAGACGCUGUCUGAUGAAGAAGUACUUCUGUCUCUAACCCAAGUGCUCCGGAGAGUGACAGGAAAUCCACGGCUGCCUGCUCCCAAGAGUGUGCUGAGGUCUUGCUGGCACAGCUCCCCAUAUACUCGGGGUUCCUACAGCUAUGUGGCUGUGGGCAGCACUGGAGAUGACAUAGACCUGCUGGCUCAGCCACUCCCUUCUGAUGGCACUAGUCCCCAGCUCCAGGUACUGUUUGCAGGGGAAGCCACUCAUCGGACAUUUUACUCCACGACACAUGGUGCCCUGCUGUCCGGCUGGAGGGAGGCUGACCGCCUCAUGGGUCUGUGGGACCUGAAGAUGCAGCAGCCCCGGCCCAGGCUCUGAGCUGGGCCCUCACUUGCUCUGUUCCUUCUGUGUGGAAGGUUGGGUUACUACUCUGACGGAUAAUUUUCAGUCUGAUUUGAGAUUUUGGGAUCUCACUGAGAGUCUUUUUUGGGUAACUGGGUCACAUCCUCAUUUCUCACAUCUGUUACUAGAGUCUGGCUGGGACUGAGCUCAGGCUGAGUGUGACAGGUAUGGGAUACUGAUGUUAACGGUAAUGCUUUGCAUAUAAAGCAGUUAACACCA